AAAAUAAGCAACCUCUUUAUGUUUGCAACUGGCCACAAAUAAAAAAAGAGUUUUUCAGAAAGAACAUAAAAUAAAAAAGUGACAAUCGAAAGACAUGUUGAAGAGCAAAUUGUUAACAAAUAAGUCCCGUUUGUAUUUAAUGUAUAAUGAUUAAUUCUUUUAACGAAAAUAUACAGUUUUAAAUUAGUUCAGGAAGAGUGGAGUUUUAUUUUCAUUUGUUUUAAAGUACAUUUUUCCCGUAACAUAAUAUUUUAAAGUGCAUGAGCAUUGGUCCUCAAUCGAGCCACAUAAUUUCCAGUUUUGCUUAUUAUAAACAGUCCAAUUUAAUACAGUUCCAUAGCAACAUGAUUUUACAUAAUUUACAUAUCUGUGUGAAAAGAUUUUGCAAGAGUAUGAGUAUCAACCAUUCCCUAAAAUGUUAUGAAGUUGGCAGUUUCUUGGAUAAUAUUUCAACAAAACAACUAUGAAGCAGAUGUCAGCUGUAACAAGCCGUAGGAACUAGACCUUUAUAACUCAAGCAAGAAGAAUUAUCCGCUAUACUAUGUGUGUUUAUUAGUGAAGAACCCAGUUUAUACCUUUACCUUAAUAUGGAAGCCCUUCUGAAUAUUCAAAAUAAACUAAAGCAAACAAUGAAAAAGACCCUUGUCAAUUUUAUGAAAUAUCCGCAAGACAAACUAUCUCCCGAAUACAUAGAAACACGGUUAGAAAAUUUAGAACGGGAUUGGUCGCUAUAUAGAGAAAAUGAUCUUAAAUUGUACAGUUCAUUAGAAUUAGAAAACUCUGAUAAUAUACGUGAGUGUAUGUAUGAUGAUGCUGAAGAAAUAUAUGUGGAGUGUAAAACGCAUAUGAAACUUAGUUUAAAAAAGUUAAGUUCGGCCUUCGCCGCAGCAGAUUCACAUAACAGCCACGUAAGAAGUUCAGCAUCAAGUGUAAAAUUACCUAAAAUUUGUAUUCCCACUUUUUCUGGGAACUAUUUAGAGUGGGCAACGUUUCGUAGCAUGUUUGUCUCUUUAGUUCAUAACAACCGUGAAAUAGAUAAUAUCCAUAAAUUAUACUACCUUAAAGGCCAUCUCAUAGGUGAAGCAGAGCAGCUUCUUAGACAUAUACCCAUCACAGAUGUAAAUUAUAUUCGAUGCUGGGAGCUAUUAGAACGUAGAUAUAACAACAAAAAAUAUCUGAUCAACCAUAUACUAAGAAGGCUACUGAAUCAAAAAACUAUGCACAAAGAUUCCAGUAUUUUAUUAAAAAACCUAUUAGAUACAACUAUUGAUUGCUUGAGCGCACUUCGGAAUUUAGACGUAGACGUAGAUUCCUGGGAUAUUUUUAUAAUACACAUUGUCUCCGAAAAACUUGACACGGAAUCUCGCAAACAAUGGGAGCUAAGCUCGCAAAGUUUCGAUUCAAAUGAAUUACCAUCUUUUCAAAGUUUCAAGUCAUUUAUUGAGCAACGUUUUCGUGCCUUAGAGUUCGUAGAAAUAGAGCCAAAAAAUGCAGUGCAACAGCCCAUUGAGUGCCCUGCAAACAUCGAUGUAACAUCAAUGCUAGCUACAAAGAAAUCGAAGAUGCAAUGUGAAUAUUGUUCCCAAUUACAUAAAUUAUGCUUCUGUAAAAAGUUUGCUAAACUCUCUUUAGAAGGUAGACAGAAUUUUGUAGUGCAGAAUAAAAUUUGUAUAAAUUGUUUAGGAAGUAACCAUAAUGUAAAUAAAUGUAAAAAACUCGAUGUUUGUAAAAUAUGUCAUGCUCGUCAUCACUCUCUUUUACACAAUGUCACAUUUUCUGUAAAUAAUCAUAAGAACACUAAACCUCACAUAAAAGCAGGUCAUAUUUUCUCAAAAAAUGGAAACAAUUACGAGCUAUCCGAUCUGCAUUCAAACCGAGUAAUACUACCGACAGCAUUAGUGUAUUCAAAGUCCAGCACUGGAGAAAUUAAAACUAGUAGGGCAUUAAUAGAUCAAGGUUCUCAGUGCUCAUUUGUAACCGAAGAUACAGUUCGUAAACUAGGCCUCAAAAAGUUUCCUGUCCGCGAAUGUAUAGGCGGACUGGGCAACAGUACCGCGACAAAGGUUAACCACAUGGUUAAAUUAACUAUAGGAUCUAGGGUUGAUUUAAACUGUAAUUUACAUAUAAGUGCUUAUGUUUUAGACAAUAUAACAACAUUACCACAACGGAAUAUUAAUGCUAAUUUUAAUAAUUUUAAUUGGAUGCAGGAGAAUGGGCUUCAGUUAGCUGAUUCAAUGUUUAAUGAAAUUAAUCAUCGUUCAAAUAAGAUAGACCUCUUAUUAGGAGCAAACAUUUAUAGUUCAAUUAUAAAACCUGGUAUAAUCAAGAGCCCUACCGGUUCUAUGUUAGCUCAAAAUACCGUUUUUGGGUGGAUCAUAUCAGGCACUUAAAUGUCUUAUUCAUUAUUAUAUCAAUUCUCUUGUGUUUCUUAUUUUAUUGUCUUUCAGAACUUGUUAUUUGCUGAACUUUGUAAAUAUCACUUUUAUAUAACCUUUGAACAAGUUAUUUUGACACAACCUCCUAUUUGUAAUAAGGACAUCCUCAAUGAUGUCCUUGGCGGGCGGUAUGUUUGAAAAUAAGCAACCUCUUUAUGUUUGCAACUGGCCACAAAUAAAAAAAAGAGUUUUUCAGAAAGAACAUAAAAUAAAAAAGUGACGAUCGAAAGACAUGUUGAAGAGCAAAUUGUUAACAAAUAAGUCCCGUUUGUAUUUAAUGUAUAAUGAUUAAUUCUUUUAACGAAAAUAUACAGUUUUAAAUUAGUUCAGGAAGAGUGGAGUUUUAUUUUCAUUUGUUUUAAAGUACAUU